AUGGCUGAACAUGGUGGUUUUGGCGAAAGCGUUCGCGAUUUCUUCAUCAUGACAUACUGCUGUCUCAGCUACUUCUUCAACUUCCUCGAUCGCGCGGCAUUUGCGAACGCCUAUGUCGCCGGCCUUCGCGAAUCUCUCAACAUGACUGGCCAUGAUUACAACAAUGUUCUCUCUGUUACCACCGCAGGAAUGGCUAUUGGCCAGCUUCCCCAUGGAAUCAUCAUUCAGAAGAUCGCGCCUCGAAUCUGGUUCCCGUCGAUGGUCGUCAUCUGGGCUGGUCUGACAAUGGCUAGUGCAGCAGCAAAGACCGUUACUCAACUUUGCGUCAUUAGGUUCUUCCUUGGUCUGGCUGAAGCAAGUACUUAUGCUGGAACAAUCUACAUUAUCGGCGCAUGGUAUAAGCCGGAGGAAAUUUCCAAGCGCACUGCCCUUUUCACUGCAUCAGGCCAAGUUGGUACCAUGUUCGCUGGUGUCAUGAUGACAGCUAUUCAUAAGAGUAUGAGGGGAAUGUCAGGUCUUCAGGGCUGGCAGUGGGUGUUCUUGAUCGACGGCAUCAUCACCCUUCCUAUUGCCCUAUUCGGCUUCCUCUACUUCCCUGAUAUUCCAGAAAUCACCAAGGCGAAGUAUUUGUCCGAAGAGGAGAGGAAGAUGGCAGUUUCCAGACUGCCUCCUAUCAAGUCAGAUGGACACAAUAUCAUGCCCAUGUCUCUGAUCAAGCGAGUCUUCUUGACCCCAAUGUUUUGGAUUCUCUUCUUCUGGUCGCCUGUCUGCGCCAGCACAGAAGGCUUCCCCUUCCAAAACACCUUCCUGCUCUGGCUCAAGUACUACAACGACAAAUUCUCACAAACCCAGAUCAAUACAUACCCCCUUGGCGUUCAAGCUGUUGGUAUCGCCGCCAAUAUGCUUGCAGCAUGGCACAUGGACGCCACCGGCCAGCGUGUCCCAAUGGCAAUUCUCGCCGUUCUUCUGCAGAUCGUUGUAGGAGCCAUGCUUCUCGUGAGGAACCUAUCUGAUGCCGGUGUCAUGUUUGCCUUUUAUCUUGCUGGAUCGGCUUAUAUGGUCAACCCACUCAUCUUUGGCUGGGCAAACAUCAUCCUGCAGCGAACAGGUGAUGAUGCCAUGCGCAGUGUGACGCUGUACUCCAUGAACAUUGGUUCUAUGGUUCUUUGGACAUUCUGGGGUAUCAUAUUCUACAGUGCUGCUGAUGCACCUUAUUGGAAGAAGGGUGCUAUCUCACUUCUUGUUUGCUGCGCCGUCAUGUUCUGUUACAUCUGGCUGGUUAACUAUCUCGACAAACUCACCAUGAAGAAGUAUGGCGACCGACCUGUGGAGAAUCUCGAGGAGCCUGUCGAAGUGAGCGAGCUUGACAAAGGUGAUGCUACCAAGGUAUCGGAGAAGAAGGUGACAUCGUGA